AAACAAUUUUAGACACCAAGAAGAAGAACAUUUAUUCAUCUGGACCGCAAAGAACCAGCAGAACAAACCUAAAGCGACGGAAAUCAGUUUUUCAGGUAAAAACUACAACUCCCAGCAGCGCUCGUCAUCAUAUGACCGGAGUGUGUUUGGUCACGUGACCCCGCUGUCGUCAUGUGAGUGGUCAGUUUCAGUUUUUCGCAGUUCAGUCACAGGCUGAACUGAUUAUACUCUGAUAACUUUUGGUUUCUGGUCCAAAGCGGCUCCCGGUUCUGCUGGCACGGGACCGAACGGCUCGGAGUUCGGCCUCGGAACCGCGUCCAUCACGGCCCGCCGGGUUAUUGGACCGUGAAGCGGCUCCCCAGCAGGCCUCGCUGUUCACCGAGCGAGCAUCAGCGCUUUCGCCGCUGUUGGGUGGGUCCAGGUCGGCUACGGCGGCGGCAUGGAGCCGGGGCACCGCUAGCUUGGUGCUGGUUCUGGGAGAUGAGAAGAACCGUUUCCUCCGAGCCAUUUCCGGUCCAGGAGGUCGGAUGUCAGGAUGUACGGAACUCAGCAGAAUGAUGCCAAGAGACAGAACCUCCAAGAGAGGCUGCUGGACGCCGUCAAACAGUGCCAAAUCCGCUUUGGAGGAAGAAAAGAGAUCGCCACGGACUCAGACAGCAGGGUGAUCUGCCUGUGCGCUCAGUUCGAGGCGGUGCUGCAGCACGGCCUGAGGAAGAGCAAAGGCCUGGCGCUGACCGCUGCAGCGCUGAAGCAGGCCGCCGGCUUCAGCAGCAAGACGGAAGCAGAGCUGACCUUCUGGCUGAACGUGAAGGAGCAGCUGAACCGCCAUGAGCUGCAGCGGUUCUACUCGCUGCGCCACAUCUCGUCCGAACUGGGCCGGGGCCGGGCCUGGCUGCGCUGCGCCCUGAACGAACAUUCGCUGGAGCGCUACCUGCACACGCUGCUGGCUGACCGCCCGCGGCUUGGAACUUUCUAUGAAGACUGGGCUUUUGUUCUGGAUGAGGAGAGAGCAAGUAUGCUGCCAACCAUGGCUGCAGGUUUGAACUCCAUCCUGUUUGCCAUCAACAUCGAUAACAGCGACCUGAACGGCGGCGCGCUGCGCGGCGGCGGCGGCUCGUCCGUCUCCAGCCUGCUGAAGGAAUCCACGCAGGGCAUCGGCAGCCUGCUGAAGGAAUCCACGCAGGGCGUCAGCUCGCUGCUGCGGGAGAUCAGCACCGCCACCGCCGUGGUGCCCGGCUUCACCCCGAAGCCCGGUGCCGCCUCCGACCCGCUGCCCGUCCUGCCCCGCAGCGCCUCUGCUGGUAGGAAGCCGCGCUGCGUCCUGGAAGUAACCGGCCGCUCUGGUUCCUCUGGAUCUGUGCCACAGCUUGACUCUGGGCUGAGGAAGGAGCGACGGAGGAGGAAGAAAAUCACCAACAUCAUUUCCUUCGACGACGACCUGGACGGCGGGGCUGAGGAUGAGGAGGACGGCGAUGAAGAGGCGAAGGCGAGGAGUCGCCGCGGCGCUCCGGCUCAGAGCAGCGUGGAGGAAGGCAUCGACCCGCUGGAGCCGCCGCUGUCCGGGUCUCCGGCCCAGAACGGCGUACCAGAGCCGGGGGACGCGGGCUGGGUCGGGUCGCCGCAGCCCGGCCGCACGGCGCCCCCUGCUGGACCACCGCUCCCCGACCGCCAGAGCGCAGAGAACGACGAAGAGGAGGAUGACGAAGAGGAGGAGACGAGGAAACCCCAAACUGAAAUCCAGGACAGACUGGUCUCUGACCAGCUGGUGGUGGGCAGCCUGUCCAGUGUUUCCACCUGGAGUCCGGUCCAAACCGUGACCGACCAGACCAGCGCCGACAUCCUGAUUCCUGUGAACCCAGCGGACCCUGAUCCAGUGAGUUCUGUGGAGGAGGCGACCGGGUUCCCCGCCCCGUGCCGCUCCACCGGGUUGGCGGAAAACUGUGAGGCCGGCAGAACCCAGCUCGCCUUCAGCAUGGAGUCCAGUCCGCCGGUCCGGUCCGGUCCGCCGUCCGCUGGGCUGCCGGACUCCAUGACGGUCGUGGAGCUGCGUCAAGCCAUCGUAGCCAUGAUGAACAGGAAGGACGAGCUGGUGGAGGAGAACACGUCGCUGCGCAGCCUGCUGGAUGGCGAGAUGGAGCACUCAGCCGGCCUGAGGCAGGAGGCCGAGCUGCUCAAGAAGAAGCUGGCAGAGCUGGAGGAGAGGCACGGGGCCAAGGUCCAGGCGCUAGCCAGGUACCGCUCUGCACCACAACCUCAACAAGAAGGCUCUGUGUGUACAGCACCAGCCCACAGCAUCACACUGCCAACACCAUGCUCAGCAAUGUGGUCGCAAAGUGUCACCAAGCAUGUUUCUUGUCACUGAAGUUUCUGUUGAGCUGAAAGUUGCAGAGUUUCCAAAAAUUAUA